AUGGAUAACUACAAGAAGAAAACACCCGGCCGGGUGCAGCAUCUGGAAUAUACUCAAAUCCGGCCCCAAUUUACCGGUAGCAGUAAGUCAGACCUCCCAGCGAUUAUCUUUGGCCGCAUGAAGUCCGAUCAGAAUGAGGUGCCGGUGCAGACGGCCGCCGGCUCGACCCUCCCGUUGGUCGAUAUGAUCAAGGAUGACGAGGAAGCCGGCUCGUACAACCCCUUCGAGCAUCGGAAGCUAACCCAUCCGACGACCGAUAUGGAAACGCUGGUGCACCUGCUGAAGGGUUCGCUCGGCUCGGGUAUCCUCGCUAUGCCGCUAGCGUUCGUGAACGCCGGUCUGUGGUUCGGGCUGGUGGCCACGAUUGCGAUCGGUGCCAUCUGCACAUACUGUAUCCAUAUCCUAGUACGCUGCUCGCAGAUCUUGUGUCGACGGGCUCAACUGCCUUCGCUCGGAUUUGCUGAUGUGGCAGAGGUGGCGUUCCUGGCUGGGCCGGAACAGCUGAAGAAGUACUCCCGGCUGGCACGAUUCAUCAUAAACUUGUUCCUGGUAAUCGAUCUGAUCGGAUGCUGUUGCAUCUACAUCGUAUUUGUUGCCACCAACCUGAAGCAGGUCGUCGACCACUACACUCAAUCGUACUGGGACGUGCGCAUCUACAUCCUGCUGCUGCUGGGCCCGCUGAUUCUGAUCAAUCUCAUCCGUAAGCUGAAGUAUCUGACGCCGUUCUCGAUGAUCGCAAACCUUCUGAUCGCUUCUGGCGUUGGCAUCACCCUGUACUACAUCCUGUCCGAUCUGCCCCCAAUCGCGGAACGCAAGGCCAUGGCUGAGGUACAGCAUCUGCCCAUGUUCUUCGGCACGGUCAUCUUCGCACUGGAAGGCAUCGGUGUAGUGAUGUCGCUCGAGAACAACAUGAAGAACCCGCAGAACUUCAUCGGGUGCCCGGGAGUGCUGAACACUGGCAUGUCGGUUGUGGUGAUGCUGUAUGCUUCCGUCGGUUUCCUCGGAUAUCUGAAGUAUGGUGAUGAAACAAAGGGUAGCAUUACGUUGAAUCUUCCAGUAGAAGAUGUUUUGGCUCAGAUGGUGAAGCUGAUGAUCGCACUGGCCAUUUUCCUGACCUACACCCUGCAGUUCUACGUGCCCAUGGAAAUCAUCUGGAAGAACAUCAAGGGUAACUUCAAUGAACACCAGAACGCGGCCGAAUACACGCUACGAAUUGGACUUGUGAUUCUCACGGUCAUCAUCGCUGCUGCUCUGCCGAACCUUGGUCCGUUCAUCACCCUCAUCGGAGCCGUCUGCCUCAGCACGCUCGGACUGAUGUUCCCGGCCGUGAUCGAGCUCGUCACCUUCUACGAAAAGCCCGGCUACGGCCGAUUCAACUGGGUCCUGUGGAAGAACCUGUUCCUCAUCCUGUUCGGUGUGGUCGGCUUCGUCACCGGAACGUACGUCAGUAUUGUGGAAUUCUCCGAGCACCUUCAGGAGGUCUAAAUGCUACCGGAGCUUCCCGAGUCCUGGCGUUGUUGCGCAAGUCCUUUUGGAAUGCUCGGCAUAGCUGAGCGGUACGUCAUCGAUACGAGGUUCCGAGUUGAGCGGGUGUUCUUCCUGUGACCACGGUCAAGGAUACAUGACAUGAUCGAGGAGAUGAUGGGGGGACCUAAACCCUUGCCAGGAUGGCAUCCGGCACCGAGAGGUUUUGUCUCCUUCGAAAAACCAGGGGAUCUCGUAGAACCAAUGACGUCUUCCUAGCGCGCUAGAUGUAGCCGAUGCCGCGUUUCGUUGUUUUAACUUUAUUCUACCUAGUGUUGUCCUGCUUCCCCGUGCACCCCGCGCUCCCCCCAAAACCACGUUCCAUUCUCCACUCCUUGCGGGCACAACCACUUUUCCCAGCGCUUUGCUCAGUUUUGUUAUCGAUAGGAGUGCAAACCACCCGAAUCGGAUUCGGGCACCAUAUCUGCGAUAGAUAGAAGAAAGUUGGAGGAUAAAAAAGGAAUAAUCAAACGUUAUUUGGCUUAAGCAAGGCAAACCGAUCGAAACGAAAACGUUUGUCAACAAUACUGCAAACAAACUUUGAGUAGAAAUAGAACAAAAUUGUCUCUCGCAAAGACGUGCACGCGAGUGCACCCAUUUGUAGCAAUGAUUUAAGGCUAUUAACGAUAACGCAACGUGGACCGUGGGGCUCUUCGGGGGUGGGUGACGAAAGAAACCACCCGAAGAGUUCCGCCGGUUCCACACGAAAGUCAUGUGCCUGGAGUGCCAGCCACGCAGGAUUGUGAUGUUGUGCUGUACAUCUAGUUUUUAAGUACCAUGUUCUGUUGUGCAAGCGGGACGGAGCGGAGGAAAAUAUUUAUAUCGAAUUUAAAUCCUACACACCCUAAGGGCGUAUCGUGCAUAAAGGAAUGUUCCUGAGCGGACUAAGCAGUCGGCGAACGAUUUGCCAUUAGUAUCCUAGUGUCGCGUGCAAGCGAUACUGCUAGCUGCUUUUCUGUAGAUAUACAAACUUCUAUGACUAUGACAGAUAAGAUGUUAAUUUUACGAUUUUACCAUCAAAUGGGGAAAUCAACAUGAUGAAAUCCUAAAUAUGCCACUAGGGGCAGCAGUGUUUCGUAGAAAAUUUAAAAUAAACCACCCAAAAGACAGGGAAAGAAUACCUAUCACGCCUCUCAGUACUCUGGAUCUGCAUUGUAAAACUAUACUUACGGAAAGUUGUCUUCCAAUUGAACAGAUGAACAAAUGUAUUUUAUUCAACCAGUUUUAACGACACAACAUGUAGUGAAAAUAAUAGAUUGCAACGAAACGACCGGCUUAGACCGCUUACUACCCAGGAUUACAAGUAAGAUUGAUUAAUCAUAAGACACGUAGUUUUAGCGAAUUCACCUUGAGUGAUUCGAUUUCAACACAGUAAAUACUACAGUUUUAAAGUUUCAAUAAACUAGCCCAUUAUGGGGCAUCUUAA